GUCCUCUGCUUGUCAGAAGCAGAUCGUUUUUGAUAUGAGCGUUGACGUGCCGUCCGUUGCGUUGCCCAGCGGGGCACGGAUGCCCAUGGUGGGGCUUGGCGUGUACAAGGCCGCAGCCGGCGAAGAGACUUACGAGUCGGUUCUGUCGGCUUUGCGUCUAGGCUACCGCCACAUCGACACCGCGCGGCUGUACGAGAACGAGGCCGACGUGGGUCGCGCAGUGCGGGACUCCGGCAUUAAUCGCGAGCAGAUCUUCAUCACAAGCAAGCUGCGCGAGUUCCACUGGGGAUACGAGAAGGCGCUUGAGGGUGCGCGCUCCAGCAACGACCUCAUCGGCUGCGGCUACAUUGAUCUGUUCCUGUUACAUCAGCCCUUCGACCCCACGCUGCGCGCUGAUACCUGGCGUGCGCUCGAGGAUCUGCAGAAGGAAGGCAUCCUGCGCGACAUCGGCGUGUCCAAUUUCGGAGAGCCACAUUUGACUAAACUGGCCGAGACGUGGAGGGUCAAACCAGCCGUGAACCAGAUCGAAUUGCACCCGUGGCUCACGAGAAAGCCACUAGUCAAAUACUGCGAGGAGAAUGGCAUUCAUGUCCAAGCCUUCUCGCCUCUGGCUAGAGUGAAGAAGAUCGACGAUCCGAGACUUAUUGAACUAGCCAAGGAAGUACAGGCUACACCAGCCCAGGUACUGAUUGCGUGGGAUCUGGCCAAGGGAUACACCACGCUGCCCAAGUCGGUGCACGAAGCAAGACAGAAGGAGAACCUGGAAGCGGCUAAAGUGAAGCUGACGCCGGAGCAAGUGGCACGUCUGGAUGCGUUCAACGAGGAUUUCUACUCCGGCACAGACCACGUCAGUAACUCUGUUGUCUAAGAACAGAGUUUGUCACAUUCAGUUUAGCAUCGAAAGAGCCUUCUGUGGUUCCUAACUGAAGGCUGAACGCUGCGUUUGUCUAACACGUUGACGACAUAUAUUUCCAGCAGCAACUGUGUUGCUUCCCUUGCCACCGCCUGCUUAUAGAUGAUCUUCGCUCGACGUGAUGAGGGACUGUGGCAAGUGACCGGUCUCGUUCACUGCCGUGACCUUGAUAGGCCGAUUAGCACACACGUCGAUGCGAGUGAUGCCGCAGUGGUUGAUCUCGAAGUGACCCCACGUGUUCGCGGGGUCUAUACCGAGUGCACGACACAGGAAGAACCGGAUCAGGUUGGCAUGACACACAAGUACGCAGUAGGACUCCUCGUCGCUCUCGUCUUGAGCUUCGCCUGAGCUCAAGAAGAACCUGUUGAAAGCUUUCUGCAUCCGUUCGACGUCCAUACGACUUCGUUCCUGUAUGGCAUCAUACGCGCUAUUGUCGCGUGCACCUGCAGCUCCUCCAUAUGCAGGAUUGGACGAGUAUGGCAGUCCAGGCCAGCCUUCACGUAGCAAUGGGCUCGGGUUUAGCAACACCUCGCCAAAGUUGUUGGCGAUAAUAGCAGCAGUCUCCACUGCACGCGUCAUAUCACUGUGGUAGACAGUGACAUCGUGUCGAGUAGGGACGCGGUUGUGUGCCAUUGCCAGGCAUUUGCCGGUUUGCUCUGCCUGUUGUCUUCCCAUCUGCGAGAGCACUUGCUCUGAGUCUGAUACUUGAGGCACAUGAGCGUUAAUGUAGUGGCCGUGUCGAACUAGGAUAAUGUGCUUCGUACUGGGUGGCGUGGCGUACACGAAUUCACCUAGAGACGACUGCACUUGAGGCUCUAGUUUUUGGUUUCUUUGCUCAUUUUGCUGGUCUCCA